UUAAAAAAGCUUUAUUUUUCUCUGUUCACUCUUUCAUCCUCUGGAGCCAAACUCACCAGGAACCCUAGAUCUCACCCUGGCCGUCGGAUCAGAUCAACAGUUCCAAUCUUAGGUGGCGGCAAUGGUUGAGACAGAACAGAUGUUGUUAUCCGGUUCAGGUGUCGGCAUUGUCGUCAGCUUGUAGCGUGUUGGGUGCAUUCCCCUCAUCUUGAUGGCCGAGAGAUCCAAUUUUUUCUGGAUUUAGGGCAAAAAACGAAAGGUUUUGUUAUUACAGUGAUGUGUGAUUUGGUGGCGCGUACGGGUCGGCUUCAGCAGCGGUACGAGGAUGGUUGCCGCCUUGUUGCCGGAUGUAUUCCAUUUAGAUAUAGAAACUUCGACGAUGGUGAUCCCGACUCCGAGAAAGUCAUCGAAGUGUUGAUGAUCAGUUCACCUAGCGGGCCUGGUCUUUUGUUUCCAAAGGGAGGUUGGGAGAAUGACGAGACAGUGGAGGAGGCUGCAGCCAGGGAAGCUGUCGAAGAAGCAGGAAUUCGGGGGAUUCUUUUUGAUUUCUUGGGGUGUUACCGGUUCAAGAGCAAGACCCACCAAGACGAAUUCUGCCCGGAAGGUGUAUGCAAAGCGGCGAUGUACGCGCUGUACGUGAAGGAAGAGCUGGAGUCGUGGCCAGAACAGGACACGAGAACUCGGGCAUGGCUGACGAUACCAGAAGCGGUAGAGAGUUGCCGACAUGCGUGGAUGAAGGAUGCUUUGGAAGAAGGCUUCUGCAAAUGGCUUCAGCAGAAAGGAGGGGACAUUGCCGGUGAAGAUUGAACUCAAUACUCAAGUGUGUAUAACUCAAGAUCCAACAAAAGAAAAAAUAGUUGGGAAAAAAAGGAAAAUAUAUAAAGAAGAUUUACAGAAACAACGAGUAGAACUGUCAUUAAAACUGUCUUUUUUUUGUUUUGGUCUCAAAUUUGUGCAACCUUAAAUGGUUCGUCCCGUUUUUUUUUUCCUUGGAAUCUCCUAUUUUGGAUAUUAUUAUGGAGUUGAUGAAACAUAUGAAUUUUGUUU